AUGCUCUUCAAAAACCUGCUAUGCUUUUUGUCUCUAUCGUCACUUUCGUCUAUUUCAAUGGCUGGGAGCUUGACAGAGCUGGAAAUAAAAACGAUUGAAGAAGUUCCGGCGAGCGAGUGUACGAUCAAGGCUUCCAAAGGAGACCUUGUCUCAGUCCAUUAUUCCGGCUCUCUGCUUGGGUCUGAAGAAGUAUUCGACUCUUCAUAUGGGAGAGGCGUUCCUAUUAAAUUUGAACUGGGUGCCGGGCAAGUUAUCAAGGGUUGGGAUCAAGGUAUUCUUGACAUGUGCAUUGGAGAGAGGCGUGAGCUGAGAAUUCCAAGCCAGUUAGGUUACGGUUCCAGGGGUGCUGGAGGCGUCAUUCCUCCAAACGCCGAUCUCUUUUUCGAAACUACUCUAGUUGACAUCAGGAGACGUGAUGAAUUGUAG